GUUUUCUAUGCUGUUGCUGACUUGAAGAUGGAUGGGAACACAUGACAAGCAAUGCAAGUUGGCCUCUGAAACCUGAGAGUGACCCCAGCUGUCAGCAAGCAAAGAAAUGGAGAGAACAGUCCUACAACAGCAAGGAUUUGCCUUGUUGGUAACUAGAAUGAACCCGGAAGAUGACCCCAAGUUCCAGAUGAGAAUACAAUAGCUGACAGCUGAGCAGUUGGCACACCUGGUAUAAGGAUAGCUUGGUAACGGGAGCAGCCCAGUCAGCGUGAGCAGAGCCCAGUCAUGCUAUGCCUGACUUCUGAGAAUCUUCUCCAGGUGUGACAGAGGUGGCCAUCAUAGAAAAAGCACCUGCUGAACGUCAUAUGAUUUCUUCAUGGGAGCAAAAAAAUGACUGUGUGAUGCCUGAGGAUGUGAAGAACUUUUACCUGAUGACCAAUGGCUUCCACAUGACAUGGAGUGUGAAGCUGGAUGAUAACAUCAUUCCACUGGGCAGCAUGACAAUUAACAGCAUCUCAAAACUGACUCAGCUUAACCAGUCUUCCAUGUAUUCACUUCCUAACGCACCAACUCUGGCAGACCUGGAGGACGAUACACAUGAAGGCAGUGAGGACCAGCCAGAGAAGCCUCACUUUGAUUCUCGCAAUGUGAUAUUUGAGCUGGACUCAUGCAAUGGGAAUGGGAAGGUUUGCCUUGUCUACAAAACUGGGAAACCAGCAUCAGCCCAAGACACUGAGAUCUGGUUCCUGGACAGAGCAUUAUACUGGCAUUUUCUCACUGAUACCUUUACCGCCUAUUAUCGCCUGCUCAUCACCCACCUGGGCCUGCCCCAGUGGCAGUAUGCCUUCACCAGCUAUGGUAUCAGCCCUCAGGCCAAGCAAUGGUUCAACAUGUAUAAACCCAUCACCUACAACACAAACCUGCUCACAGAAGAGACUGACUGCUUUGUGAACAAGCUGGAUCCCAGUAAAGUGUUUAAAAGCAAGAACAAGAUCAUAACCCCCAAAAAGAAAGGGCCUGUGCAGCCUACAGGAGGCCAGAAAGGGGCCUCUGGUUCUUCCACCUCUAAAUCCUCUUCUGGCUCUGGAAACUCCAUCCGGAAAUGAGCACUUCACCUCCUCACCACAACGAUUUCUGUGCUCAGAUGGCCCCAGGCUCACUCUGUAUGUGUGGAACUGCAGACCUUCUCCCAUUUGAAUGAGCAAAACCCUAGGCCUCUUCCCCCCACUGGCAUUAGCUAGGAGUUGGAAGGACAUACUGAAGUCUCCCCCAGUCCUUCCCUCACCCCUCCUCAUUGCAGGUGUGCCAUUCCCUGCCUUUCUAAGCUGUGGGGAUUUCCAGAUCUUUAUAAGUGGCCAAAUAAAGCUACUGAGAGCUUUCCUGUCUUUCUAAACCCAACCCUCAGUGAUUAGAGAAGUUGCCAAAGAAAUCCAUGGUUUUGACCCAUGAAGUGUGAUGGCUGCACUGUUCAGUCGGUAGCCACUUGUUAUUAUAUGUGGCUACUUACACUUGCAUUACAGUCAUGUCCUCUGUUGCAUUAGCCACAUUUCAAGUACUCAUGUGGCUAAAAGAGUCCAUAAUGGACAGUACAGAGGUAGAUUUCCACCAUCACAGAAAGCUCUUUUGAACGGCACUAUAUUAGAAUAUUUUCAUUCUGUUUUUCCUUAGAUGAAUUCAUUUUUAUUAGAUAAUAUUGACACCUUACUUCGAUGGGCCAUGUAUUCCUUACAUCCUUUAUCCCAAAAGUAGCUCACUCUGCUCAUUUCCUUUUCCAUUUCCCAUAAAGUUUGUCUUCCUCAACUGUUUCCUUCUUGCUUCAGUUUUACAUUGCAGGGUUGCUCAUUUACCAAAAUUAUCUUAAGUAGAGGUAUACUUCUGCUGUACUUUAUUCUAGCCACAAAAAAUCUCAAAGUAGCUGUGCAGGUUUCCUCAUGCUUUUGAUGAAACCAGUCACUGUGACAAAAGCUUCUCCUGGUCCUGCCUAAUGACAGAGCUGAAUUGUGCAGCCCCACGCUGUGUGGUCCCGACAUCUUGAAACAGACCAUCCUCUGCCUAGAAUAUGCUGGGAUUCCAAGAGUUCCUUUGUAGUUAAAUUGCAUGUAAUCCAGAAAUAAUUUUUUCUAAGACUCAUAGGGAUACCCACUAGACUUCUAGCCAGCCUAUAUAUGAAGAUAGAAAGUUCAUGGAAGAUGGAAUUAAAAAUUUAUUUUGGCACAAAAGUUUUUAAAUCAAUGCAUCAUUUUCAUACUAUUUUUUUUUUUUUUCAUGACAUGUUGAGGAUCCCUCAUAUGCUUGAUACUUAAGUCUGAACUUACCUACUACAUCUACUGGAACUUCUAUAGAGAGGGUUGCUCGGGUUUUCAAUUAGGAGUGUCUGUUUCCACACUCCACAGCCCUGGCAGUAGGCUGAAGCAAGGCCUUCUCUCUGCUUCCCAGCAGGGAAAUUAAGGCCUAUUUGUGACUUGCUCAGCCCCAGGGUCCUUGGUGACUGUUUUUGCACAAAGACCCAGAGUUUGGAGGACAAAGAUUUUUGAAGAGUAAGGGCCAAAGGUCCAUACCAUCUGCACCUUCAAUCCUAGCUGGAUUGCCCUCUCCUUUCUGACUGCUCUCUACCUCUGUGAUGGUCAGGCUCCAUUCCUUUGCACUCACUGCUCUUCUCUGCCAGCUCAUCCAGUGUUUCUUUUCCAUGACCACUGGGAGACUAAAAGCAGUCCCUAGGGUUCACCUGCACUUCUGCUCUGAAACUGUUUUGAGUACUUACGGAGUUUUAGAUUUUUUGACUGUUCACUACAGUGAUAAAUUCAUGGAAAACAGCCUUCAAUCCUCCUUCCACCCACCACUCUCUACAACCCAUAGGGAAACCAAGACAAAUAGUUGGCUUUCAGUAAUCAGGGUGGACUCCAGCUGGUUACUUUGCCAUUUUUGUAUAGUGGUCAAAAGUCUGGCAGUAUAAAAUGAGCUUCCUGUUAAUAGCUGAUUCAGUUGCUUUAAAAAUCUACAUGGAUCAAUUUUGCCAAUUCAUUUCUAAAGGAAGGUAUUUAAAAUAGCAAUAAUUCUUACCCUAUCUAUCCUCAAACUAUUUUCAAUUGAGCCUAGUCAUUUCAAAAUUUUUGUCUUUUUAUUUAUGACUUAACUACGUCAAAACUUUCCUAACUUAGACAUGUUGGCCAUUCUAACUUAUUUGCUUAGUACUACACUUUCAGCGUUGAUAAGUGUAGAAUUCAUAGAGUGGCAACAAGGGAUAGAGAGGCACCAAGUUGUCAAGGACAACAGCUGGAGUUUAGUCUUCAUGAAGUAUUUUUCUGGCCAUAACUGAUCAAAGGGAAAACUAGCAGUACCAGGUAAGAAAUUCCAACAUUUGCUUCUCUAAGAUAAGGUUAGCAGGGGACAGAGAAGUCAUUUCAUCUUCUGAUGUGGCAGGUGCACCUGCUUUAGGACUAUGGAGCCCUUGUAUUACCUCUUAAGUCUGUCGAUCCAGUUCUAGAUUCCGUGAGUGAAGCAGCAGCAGAACCAGGAGACCAGUGGUGCCCUUCACAUCAGUGGCCAUCAGAGUCCUCAAAAAGCUGGCAAAAGAAGGGGUUAUGAGGAGGAAGGGCUGAAGACCAGCCCUAGAAGGAGAACAGUUAAAGUGGGGCUGGCUAUGUAAUAUGCAGAACCUGGUACAAAAUGAAGAUGUGAGGCCUCUUGUUUAAGAAUCAGGAAAACUAUUUAAACUACUGAACUAUGUUUUUCCUUUCUUCCAGGGUCUUACUUAGAAUGGUGUUUUGUUUUGUUUUGUUUUGUUUUGUUUUGUUUUGUUUUGUUUUGCUACAUGACAGUAUUUCAAGCAAAAACAAUUUCAAGUUAUUAGCAUGCAUUAUACUAUCCAUACUUACAUUGUACAUUGACAGUUUGGGUCAGUGAUGUAGACAAUGGUGGCCCUAUUACAUUUAUAUUGCCUAAAGAUGUCAGCCAUCUUAGUUUAAAUGUACUCUAAUGUUCACAAAACAAAACCUAGUGACAUUUUUGAGAACUCAACCCUAUCAUUAAGUGAUGCCUAAUUUAUAAAAGCAUUUAACACAUGUAAAAUCGCCCAAAUUAAAUUUGUGUUUCAUUAACAUUCUUGCCAAAACACUGGAAAAACUGCACGAAACUAGAUCAGAUGUUGUUUCAUGUCUCCAUGUGUGCACAUCCUGUCAAUGUCCACAUUCAGCUUACUGAUAAGAAGGGACUGAGGAAAAGGCAGGGCUGCCCUGUUUUCCUUGUCUUCUGUUUCUUAGAAUACGUUGCCUUCUGUCUUCAAAGCAAGUCUGGUUCAAAUGGUAAAUAAGCACGGCCCCUUGUUGCUAUCAGUACCCCUGCUUGCUCAGUUGUAGACAUUUAUCUGUACUCACUAUGAGUCUGUGAACUCUGUAGCAUUGAUGGGUCCACUUCAUGGGCAUCAUGAAGGCUAAAUAGGGUAGUGGAGAAUAGUGGACCACAUUGUAUAAAUCUCCACGCCCACGUGCUCCACAAGCCUGUCAGGCUUCACUUCAAAAACACAAGUUCACAGAUGAAUAAAGAAUUUCAAACCAGUGACAGAAGAGAAGUAAAGCAAACGGAAGGCCUCUGAAUGUGGGGUCCUGUGUGACUACAUAGGGCACCCAGCCAAGAUGCCAGCCUUGGAGAAUGAGGGAGGAGUAGGACUUGUCACAAAAAGACUUUGUAACAUUGAGGCUAAGUGGGUUAACUGGGGAAAAACCACUCGAGGCUUAUGUUCUGAGACUAAAGCCAUGGACACAGCAGUGGACUCUACUAUGAAUCAGCUGCCCAGGAAAGACUACACCAGAGUCACAAAAUGGGAACUGUGGAAUGUCACAUGAUGCACAAAUAAGACAGCUAAGGCUAUGCAUACAGCGCCACAUCAUUGUGCUGCUUGCAGGGAAGUAACCAGGCCAGGGAUAGGAAUAAAAAGGGGCACUUGGCACAAUAACUCAUGGAGUCUGCUCUUAAAGCUGUCCUCCCCAAAUGUGAACAUGCACUGGUGUCAUCAGAAUCGUGUGUGAAAAGGUAUUCAGAUUCCUCUCCAGACCUAAUCAAUCAAAAGUUAGCCCCCUCCUUCCCUCUCUACUUCCUUUUUGCUGUGAUCCCUAACUUUGUUUCUAGCCAUUACCUUUCUACACAGUCCAUCUGGCUCUGCUCUCCUGAACUCAUCACUUUCCUCCACCUGUGGUCCAGCUUCCAUCUACCUCCCCAUCAGAGCUCUGAGCAUCCCACAAGGAAGUCCCUCUUGGGGGUUGAAUGCUUCACUCCAGUACCACUCCACUAACUUCUGGUCAUUUUGACUUUUCUCCUCUAUGUCUUCAAUGGUGGUUGAUGGGGAUUUUGUGUGAUUAUGGGAAGCCAUGCUACUGGGUACAGAACUGCAUGAACUAUUAACAGAUUCAACUUAAAACAUAAUUUUGUGCUAAAUCAAGAGCUGCCUCAUACUUUAGGAAAGACAGUAGGAUACAGACAGCCAAGCAAAAUUAACUGAAAAGAUUAUGAAAAUUUUCAAUUUAAAUGUUUACACAGAUUGUGAAAAGACAAUUACUCUUUUACAGACAGGAAAGCUUAGUUCAACUCACAGACCAUCUCUGUCAGAAAACUCCGCCAUGGUAAAAUAUGUUGCCAAUGUUCCAGUGUUUUGGCAUCUAAACAUUAUCUCCCAGACUACCUCCUGCCAAUCACUGGCUGUGGCUCAACCUUUUAACAAACAAUGCACCUUAAUCUAUGGUUCUGGAAAUGAGAGCUUUUUAAGUACAUGUCCAAAUGUUCCCUAAAGCACGUAGCACCCAGGCCUUAUCCAAUGCCCACCAUUAGUAAGUGUAGCAAGCAAAAUGAAUGAGCCCAUCAAACUAGAUGUGUUCAAUAUGCAACAACUAGUGUCUCAUGGAUAAAACCUGUCAUGAGCAGGCCUGCCAGGUGAUGAGUGAAAUGCAACCAUCCAGGGACUCACAUAUUAAAGAGGAACACAAGAAAAGUUUUACUGCAAAAUGGAUCCAGCUGCUAUUGGAGGUAUCUGCUCUGCCCCAGAGAGUAACACAAUCACAGGGUUGUGCCCACAGAUCUGAUUGUCCUUGGCUGGGGAGACAGUGCAGCUAGGUGGGAUAUGUCACAAGAGACACCGAAUUCUAGUUUGAAGACCAGAAUUCAAUUCCCAAAGCGGAGAAAACAUAGGUAAACGUGGACACUCAAGGAGUCCUUCAAAAGGUUUGUGAAAAACAGAGUAAAAUAUUUACGUUCAAAGUUGAAUUGAUGCAUAGUUUUUUAAAUAAGACCUGCAAUGUCCAGUACAGUAGCCACAAGAUCAUAUUUAAAAUUCCAUUCCUCAGUCUCUAGCCACACUCCAAGUGUCCAGUAAUUGACAUGCGUAAUGGUUACUGUGUUGGAUAGUGCACACAGAGAACACUUGCAUCAUCUCAGGGGGUUUCAUUGGGCAGUCUUGUAUUAGACCAGGCAUGGGGGUCGGCGCUGUGGCAUAGCCAGUAAAGCCGUCGCCUGCAGUGCCGGCCUCCCAUGUGGGCACUGGUUUGAGACCCGGCUGUGCCAUUUCCAAUCCAGCUCUUUGCUAUGGCCUGGGAAAGCAGUGGAAGAUGGCCCAAAUCCUUGGGCCCCUGCACCCACGUGGGAGACCCGGAAAAAGCUCCUGGCUUCAGAUCAGCACGGCUCCAGCCGUGGCAGCCAACUGGGGAUUGAACUCUCUCACUCUCCCACUCUCUCUCUCUCUUUCUGUGUAACUUUCAAGUAAAAUAAAUAAAUCUAUUAA